AUGCGUGUCGCCAUCGCCGGUUCGGGUGCCGUAACCCGCUACUUCGCCGAAGAGCUCCCCGCAAUGGGCAUCGACCUCGUCAUCCUAACUCGCUCUCUCAAACCCGAGCUCGAAAACAUCCAGGGCGUCCGCCAGUUCGUGACGGAUUACUCGGUUCCUUCGAUCCUCGAGGGCAUCGAGGGCUCCGUCGCCCUGGUGUCCAACAUUCUGGACUACUCCCCGGCCUUUGUCGACGUUCACGCGCGCCUCAUCGAGGCGGCGAAAGCCAGCAAGACGUGCAAGCGCUUCAUCCCCGCCGAGUACGGUGGUAAUCUGGAGGACUUCCCAGACCAGCCGGGCUUCUACGCUCGUCGGCAGGGAGUGGUUCGAAAGAUGCUGGAGGAGCAGCAGACGGGGCUGGAGUGGACGCUGCUUUCGACCGGAUGGUUCAUCGACUAUGUUGUGCCGCGCAAGAACCGCUACCUCAACGACGGCGGAGACGCCAUCCCCGUCAACCUUGCGGGUGGAAGCAUGCUGAUUCCUGGGACCGGCAAGGAGCCUCUGGAUAUGACCGCCGUUCGGGACGUGGUUCGUGCUGUGGGCAAGCUCCUCUUUGCGCCGAGCUGGGAGCGGUAUACGUACAUCUCGGGAGGGAAGGCGACCUGGAAUGAGAUUGUCCCGCUGAUUCGGGAGAGAUACCCGCAGGUCAGUGUGAAGUAUCGCAGCCUGGCUGAGUACGUUGAGGAUAUCGUUGCCCACCCGGACCCGAAUGGCGAGGAGCGGAUUAUCGCAGAGUAUGGGAUCUUCUCUGCCAGUCACGCUGGGGAUCUGCCUGUCGAAAAGGUUGCUGCUCAUCGCGAGAAGUACUUUUCUGGCCUCAAGUUUAGGACUGUGAGGGAGUUGCUGGCCGAGGUUGAGAAGGAUCCUGAGGUCAUCGUUUAG